CCUGCGACUGGCACGUACCUUUUUGUACGCUCAGUCCUACCAUCGGGCCGCGUUUACAAUAUGCGCACCGAGCACCAAGGCCGGAGUCAGAGCAUAGUACAAUGAGUGCAUCAUCUCUGACAGGCUCGAAUACCAACCAAGCUGCUUUCAGGCGAGCUCUUCUUGCGCGCGAUGGCGCGUGCCUUCUGAGUGAUAGGUACUAUUCCGAGCUCUUGGGACAUCAACCUGGGUCAUACCACGAAGUCGAGUACGGUAUACUUCUUCAGAGCGACCUGCACCAUUCUUUCGACCAAGGAAAUUGGGCACUAUUUCCUGAUACUCGCGAUCAAUUUUCGCUAAUCGUCCACGUCUUUGCCGAUGUCAGGGCGAAGGAGUAUCACGGCAAAGUAUUGCGCCGAGAUAGAUUUCGGAUCGAUGACGAGAUUGAGCUGCCGCGACGGGACUUCUUGGCGUUUCACUAUCGGCAGUGUGCUCUUAUGCACGUUAGAGGCUAUUCUCACUUCCCGUCAGAAUAAAAAGAGACAUGGGCAAAUGCGAGCUGUGACUAGGGCGCUGCACUCUGUGGUAGAUCUGUGUGCCUUGUCUCAGAAUAUUCCUGUCGCUUCUUGCCAUUGUUCAAUCGUCGGAGGAAAUGUGGAGCCUUCAGCGCGAGUUGC